AUGGCCAAAAUAAUUCUGAAGUUUCAACGUUAUUUUAGAAGGAAACCUGUGCGUUUUUUCACAUUUAUAAUCCUAUAUCUAACUGCUGGAAGUGUGGUUUUCCUACAUGCUAAUUUUGAAGGUGAACAUAUUGUAUCAGACAAUAAUAGGAUCCUGGUGGAUGGAACACGUGAUGGAGUAGAUGUCCCGGAUCCUGGAGUUGCCCUGUUGAGUAGAGUAUUUAAAGAGGCUCCUGAAUCACCAAGUACCCCAAGAAGACAUGGACCGUGGUUCAAAACCACUGGGAAAGAAUUCCAGGAACGGAACAAACAGGGAGAAUUUGGUGGUACGUGGAAUAGAGCACUAAGAGGGAGAAGCAUCAGAGAACAAGAAGAAGCAAGAGCUAGAUACAUUGGUUGCUACAUGGAUGAUACUCGGCAGAGAACGCUUCGUGGAGUGUCGUUUUUUGACUACAAAAAAAUGACAGUGUUUCGUUGCCAGGACAACUGUGCUGAAAGGGGAUAUAUGUACGCAGGGCUCGAGUUUGGAGCAGAGUGUUACUGUGGUCACAAAAUAAAAGCCUUAAAUGUCAGCGAGUCUGAAUGUAACAUGGAAUGCAAGGGGGAGAAGAGCAACAUUUGCGGAGGAGUAAAUCGUCUCUCUAUUUACCGACUAGAACUUACCCAGGAAUCUGCAAGGAGGUAUGGUAGCGCAAUAUUUCGAGGAUGUUUUCAUCGACCAGAUAAUAUAUCCCUGGCACUACCUGUUAACAGUGUUAUGAUGAACAUGUCCGUGGACAAAUGUGUAGACUUAUGCACAGAAAAGGAAUAUCCAUUGGCAGUCCUUGCAGGAACAGUCUGCCACUGUGCUUUCCCCACAACUCAUUUCACACUUCAUGAGCGAGAGGAUGAGCAGAUGUGUGCUCAGAAGUGUAGUGGAGAGGAAUUUGAGAGCUGUGGCACAUCUGAUUACUUCAUAGUUUAUCAAACACAAGUACAAGAUAACAGAUGUAUGGACAGAAGAUUUUUACAAACUCGUUCCAAACAACUAAUAGCCUUAGCCAGCUUUCCGGGUGCAGGUAACACUUGGGCAAGACAUCUUAUUGAGCUGGCUACUGGUUUCUAUACUGGGAGUUAUUACUUUGAUGGAUCCCUGUAUAAUAAAGGUUUUAAAGGAGAGAGAGAUCACUGGCGAAAUGGAAGGACUGUUUGUAUUAAGACUCAUGAAAGUGGCAAAAAAGAGAUUGAAUCAUUUGACUCAGCUGUUCUACUGAUCAGGAAUCCUUACAAAGCACUGAUGGCGGAAUUUAAUCGGAAAUACGGGGGGCACGUUGGCUUUGCAUCACAGGCUCACUGGAAAGGAAAAGAGUGGCCUGAAUUUGUAAACAACUAUGCACCAUGGUGGGCCACACAUACUUUGGACUGGCUGAAGUACGGAAAGAAUGUGUUAGUUGUACAUUUUGAAGACCUUAAACAAGACCUCUUUUUUCAGUUGAAGAGAAUGAUAAAUAUGUUGGGCCUUCCUGUUUUAGCAGAUAGACUGUUGUGUGUUGAAGGUCAGAAGGAUGGGAAUUUUAAACGUUCUGGCUUGAGGAAACUGGAGUAUGAUCCUUACUCUCCAGAAAUGAGGAAAAUGAUCAGCAGUUACAUUAGGACAGUAGACUCUGCAUUGAAACAUAGAAAUCUAACUGGAGUUCCAGAUGACUAUUACCCUAGAUGAUGACUCUGGUCAGAUGACCAAUCUCUGGGACCUGUAUACCCAGUUGUUAGCUACUUCCACCCAGUGGGUGGUUUUGAUGACUUUGCUGCUAUUUACUGUAAUGAAUUAUGUGCAUGAAACAAUUCUCACCAAACUAUGCUUAUAAGAUUUGGCAAACUAUUGUAAAGGAAGGCUUUUGAUUACAGGCUGAUUUAAUCUCUAUGCAGAAAUCCCUGCAUGAUUUUAACAAAGCAGUUUCCCCUAAAAAAAUAAUAGAAAAUUAAAAAAAAUGUACAAAUUGAAAGCUUUAAAGGAGAAGGUUAGCUUUCACUUUUGAUUUGCUCUCAACAGAAGCUUUUUAGUAAAAUAUAUAUUUUUUGUGUUUA